AUGAUUCUUGACGAAGACGACGUCAAGCUAAUGGUCCAUGUACUGAGCGAAGUCUGUGCCAGAGCCCAGCUGGUAGCAGUACGCGAAUGGACUUCAGAGUCUGCCACUGUACGUGUGCUGGCAGGCCAUCUGAUCCAGCCGGAGUUGUUGCUGGAAUUUGUUGAUUUGGUGGAUACCAACUUGGGCAAGCUCUAUGUGAAACACUCUGGCAAUAACUGGAAAGAAAACAAGCGAAAAGAAAUGAGCGACGAAGGCUUGGUCUAUCUCUGGAUUCUUGACAGAGCCAAUGGCACUUUGAUGGGGUUCAUGAGCUUCAAGCUCUGCGACGAAGGGGAAGAUGCUACAGUGCUCUACUUGUACGAGAUCCACAUAGUACCACAGUACAAAUCGCUCAAAUAUGGGGGACAGCUUAUGGACGUGCUCCAUUCCAUAGCCAAAGACUUGACUGUUCAGGCUGGGCCAUGGUACUUCGAAUCCUGUUUGGCUACAUGUUUAACAGUCUUCACCGAUAACACAAUGGCUCUACAAUGGUACUUGAAGCUAGGCUACCAGCUCCAUCCGGGUUCUCCGCAAGAUCGAAAGCUACGGGGAAAGACAAUCAAGCCCGAUUACUAUAUUCUCUUUCGGCCGUGUAUGUAG